CGGCGCGGUGGGGCCGUGGAGACCCGCAGGCGAGCAGGCUGCGACGCGCCGGCCCCGGACUCCCCGCCGCCGGGCGACCCCGCACCUGCGCUGACCGGCGCGGCCCCCACGUGGGCGUGUCCCGGGGCGCCGCCCUCCCCGCCAGCAUGGUGUCCUGGAUGAUCUGCCGCCUGGUGGUGCUGGUGUUUGGAAUGCUGUACCCUGCCUAUGCGUCCUACAAAGCCGUGAAGACCAAGAACAUUCGUGAAUAUGUCCGCUGGAUGAUGUACUGGAUCGUCUUUGCCAUCUUCAUGGCGGCCGAGACCUUCACCGACGUCUUCAUCUCCUGGUUCCCAUUCUACUACGAGAUCAAGAUGGCCUUUGUGCUGUGGCUGCUGUCGCCCUACACCAGGGGAGCCAGCCUGCUCUACCGCAAGUUUGUUCACCCGUCCCUGUCCCGCCACGAGAAGGAGAUCGACACAUACAUCGUGCAGGCCAAGGAGCGCAGCUACGAGACGGUGCUCAGCUUCGGGAAGAGGGGCCUCAACAUUGCAGCCUCGGCCGCCGUGCAGGCCGCUGCCAAGAGCCAGGGCGCGCUGGCCGGCCGGCUGCGGAGCUUCUCCAUGCAGGAUCUGCGCAGCAUCCCGGACGCUGACGCCCCGGCCCCCGGCUACCAGGACCCCCUCUACCUGGAGGAGCAGGUUCCCUGCAGGAGGCCACCCAUUGGGUACCGGGCCGGGGGCCUGCAGGACAGCGACACAGAUGACGAAUGUUGGUCGGACACGGAGGUCGCCUCCAAGCCACCUGCCCGGCCCAGAGAGAAGCCGCUGAGCCGCAGCCAGAGCCUGCGGGUGGUGAAGAGGAAGCCACCCACACGGGAGGCCACCUCACGCUCCCUGAAGGUUCGGACGAGGAAAAAGACGGUGCCCUCUGACAUGGACAGCUAGGGUCAGCAGAGGCUGGCCCGCUCUUGCCUUGUGCCCUGCAGGGCACCUGUGCCAGCCACCUGCUGGCUGAGAGCUGCUGGUGCCGCAGGCCCUGCGUCAGGGCCCCCACACUGUACCAAAGCAGGCUGGCCCACGAUCCUAUUUAUUGCCUCCCCCUGGGUGUGGGACCAGGACCCUCUCUGACCAAAGCUGCCCCCAGCUGCCUUCGUUCAUUCCUUGCGUGUGCUUGACAGCCUUUGUCCCAAGGCCUGGUGUGCGUGGUGAGUCCCGGCUGUGUGGUGUGUGUCGGCGAGUGAGGUCAGGCUUGUGAGUGUUUUGAUAAAUAAAUACAGAAAGACCUUG